UUGUCUUCCGGCUUCAAACAUCACUGUUUAGAUAUGAUCAGACUGUAUCAUCCUCUGUAAUAUUUUUUCUUUUUUAAUUGGAUUGCUGUGGUGGAUGCUGACAUGGAAGAUAGUGAAAAGAAAGCCCCAUCAGUAAUCGAUCGUUAUUUCACCCGCUGGUAUAAAACUGAUCUGAAAGGAAAAGCAUGCGAGGAUCACUGCAUUCUACAGCACUCCAACAGGAUAUGCGUCAUCACACUUGCAGAGUCUCAUCCUAUCCUUCAGAAUGGACGAAAAAUCAAAAACAUAAACUAUCAGAUCAGCGAUGGAUGCAGCCGUCUGAAGAACAAGGUGUCUGGAAAGUCAAAGCGAGGUGGUCAGUUCCUGACAGAGUUUGCACCACUGUGUAGAAUAACGUGUACAGAUGAACAGGAAUACACCAUAUUCAGCUGUAUCAGAGGACGUCUCCUAGAAGUGAAUGAAGCCAUUUUGAACAAGCCAGAUCUGUUAUUGGAAAAGCCUUCCACCGAGGGAUACAUUGCAGUUAUAUUACCUAAAUUUGAAGAGAGUAAGAGUGUCACUGAAGGCCUUCUGACCAGAGAACGAUAUGAGGAGGUUCUGACAAAAAGAAACCAACAAGAAGAGCCUUGCUGAGAUCAACUUGCACUUUGAAACUGCUUUGAAGAAUAAUUACUUCAAGCAGGUGGAAACGUCAAUGGCAUCAUGAAUGUGUGCCACUUACAUUUCAAAAAACACCUUGAGAAAAUCUGAAGGAAUGAAGACUUGUCUGCUGGAUCCAGAGCAGUCUUGGAUUUCACUGGAGUGCAUUUUGUUGGACCACUAUUCAUGAGAUACAUAACAAUGCCAGUGUCAUGGGUAUUGUUUAGUGUUUAGUUUAUUGUUUCAUUAAGAACUGGUUUAAUUUGAGAAGUAACAGGUCUGUGUCCUCACAGACACAUUAUUUCCCUUCUGGUUACUAUAAAACUGCUUAUGGCCCUAACUUUUUGGAGAUCAUUAUUGUUUAAGUUAAUGCUAAAUAAAGGAACUGCUCCCUUCUGAGUGUAUUCAACUGGCUCUUAUAUGUUUGUUUUUAUUCAGCCAAUUUCUUUUACACAAACUAAGGUCAGUGCUCUCAAAACAAUUAACAGCAAUCUCAACACUUUGUCAUUUUCCCAGACAGAUUGUUCAGAUAAAAAUGUACAUACAUUUACAAAACAUUACAUAACAAAAAACCUCAUGGACCUGAAACUU